UGCAUGACUAAAUUCUUUUUCUCUUUUUUAGAUUUUUAGCAUGUUUUUUUUUCCAUGAAGGGAGAUGGUGUGGGGUUUUUCUUCCCCACAUUUUUUGAGCGCUUCGAUUUCUCACCCUCGCGCAUGCGCGAUAAGAAUCUCAUCUCGAGAGAGAGAGGCAUCUCGUGAGACGGCAAAAAAGAACACUUCCCUCCUGUUUUUACAAUCAUGCUAUCGAAAGAUGAUAGGCGGUGGUCACCACUUGGAAUACACGUUUCACAUGACAUUUGAUUAAUUGAUUGAUUGGUCUGCCACCAUCUCUGCUCGAAUUAUGGCUAUGAGAGAUUUGAUUGAUGGUGACUGUGGGGUAACCAACCCCCUCUUGAAGAUUGCUGGCCAUUUUACCCAAAAUAAGGGUCCUCAGGCUGGGCAACCUUCAAGUGCUUCUGCUUCAGAUCAGUUAGUGAAGGAAUUUCUUUUUGAUGCAAAUGAAGCUGAAAGACAUGCACCCGAAACCUUUAAUAUGCAUGCAUUAUUUAAUCAGAUGACUGAGAUCAGUGCAUCUUAUCAUCAAAGACCUAAUGAAGGUGAAAAAGUUGAAGAUUUUUCUUUUGAAAACGUCUGGAGGCAAAGUUAUUCAGAUUCACAUGAUCUUAUAUGUGAAAACAUCAGAUUUGAGUCUUUCGAUAAUAAUAAAUUGGCAACAUAUGAGCAAGUUAUACAAAAUCAGUGUCCCUUAGGCAACGACUGGGCUCAAAACUUUAAAGCUCAGAGUUGUAGUGAAAUUAAUGAAAUAACAACUGGUUUAUGUGAUUAUGUCGCAGAUCCCAAAAUUUCAGUAUCUAAGUCAGCUGAAGAUUUGGAAGUUGUUUGGGAAGGAAGUCAACAUGCUAAUAAGGAUUUUAAAACUGUCUCUCGAACUGAAGAUGAAAAGAAUGAAGCACAAAAUGAUGAAAUUCUUUUUAAUGAUCUUCAACGAGAAUGGGAAAUUUUUGUAAAAAUGGCUGCUAACUUCCUGUCUCUUUUAUUAACAAAAUGGGCAUACUUCAGCUUUCAAGUCUCAAGAAAGCCUGCUUGA